AUGGAGGAUCACCGCCGUCCCCGUCGAUCCCUCCAGCUCGACCAACUCGAGCGCCCGUCCCAUAACCCGAUACUAGAAAAUUCGUUAUACUCUCCGUAUGCGGCGCAGAUCUCCCGGCGCGGCCGGCGCUCGCUCGACGCGACAAUCCACACCACAAAUCCUCAUCAGCAGCAGCAACAGCAACAACAACAGCAGCAGGAGCAUCUGGGCCGUCCGAUCUACGUGCCGUGUCGCGAAAGCAGCGUCCACGCGCAUCCCGACGCGGAGGCCUCGCAACACAGCUCGGAAAGCGGCGACGAGGUUUGCUCAGGGCAGAGCCUCGCUACUACUACUAAGAUUACUAUGAAGUCCAAUUUUGGUGUUGCUUCUGCUACUGCCACUGCUACUACCGGUCUUCAACGGCCGCAAACGGCUGCCGGCAUCAUGAACGACCCUUUCCCGCCGGAAGCGGCGUAUUUCCCGGCAAGGGACCGCGGCGCGGCGGAAUACAUGAACGUCGACGAGCCCGCGCGCUUCGGCGCAGCGGUUAAUGCUCCAGCCAACUUUGGCGCAGCUUCCCCCUGGAAUUUUGGCGCCGCUGCACCCGCCGCUGCGAGAGCGGACACCAAGGCGUUUGCGCCGCCGGUGCCGCCGGCGGCCAACCGGCGGGUCCGGGCAAACAGCGCGACGCUUCCGGCGGCGUUUGGAGGGGAGCAGGGGGCGGCGGAGUGGGUGGAUUGGUCGAACGUGGAUUGCGCGUUCCGCCCCGAUGGUCUCAUGCAGGCGCGCGCCGCCAUGAUCGAGCAGUGCCGGCAGAACUCGCGGCGCGCGGCGAUGGGCGCGUCGGUCCCGAUGAUGGCGGACUAA